AUGUUUUUCAAGCCUUUGGAUUUGACUACUGCAUUGCGACCGCUAUUGUUGCCUGACGAGACGCUUCUUUUUGUCCAGGACGCGGUGGGGUUGUACGAGGGGAAAUACAAGAUCCCUGACUUUCAAAAUGGACACGCCUACUUGACCUCUCACCGGGUGUGCUAUGUUUCUGCUGAAGAGCCACGUAAACAUUCUGUCGGCAUUGAACUGAAGGAAGUCGAUCGUGUGGAAUAUCAGGCGCGCUUCCUAAAAUCAUCGCCAAAAAUCACGAUAUAUCCUAAGCCCCAAAAAGGAAAGCUCGAAAACAAGAGGGACGCGACUGGCGCUGCCGCUGUGUCCACUCCUCAGUCCAGCCAGCUCAGUGUUCCACCGUCAUCACCUCGACCCCAACUCAUCGGCGCUCAGCCGCCCACCUCGCCCAAACCGGUGAACGCGACCUGGGUCUGCCCGAUAUGUUCCUUCUCCAAUCCUGUGCCAUCUAAUUUCGACCCGGCCACAGCCACUGCAAAUACCCCCCUGCCGCCAUGUCUGGCAUGCGGCAUCAAACCACCACUGGCUACGGUGCUCAAGGCAGCGAUCAGUGCCGCCACAAAUCGGGAGUCUCCGGUACCCACUGCAGGUAUCCCUGACACAGUGACACCUUCAACGUCACAAAUAGAUGGUUCCUUGAGCUCUUGGACCGCUGGUAAGGUAGAACCAUGUCCUCGGUGUACCUUUGUAAAUCAUCCCUCUCUGGUUGAAUGUGAGAUUUGUGGUGCGUCACUGUCAACCGGAGGGGGUCUCUCUCAGGUUCACGGGAUGAAUCGCGUCGACUCACCGGCCCCGUUCUUUGCGCAGUCCCACAUCGUCAACUCGGAAGUGACAGACAGCAUUAAGUUGUCCUUUCGAAAUGGCGGGGAGAAGACCUUCCAUGAGAGGCUCAAGGGGGCGUUGGUACAGAGAACUUGGCUCUUACAGAACGCACCGCCAGUACCACCCCCUUCUAGCAUGACUGCAUCGUCCAAGAACGCAGCUGCUGACGCUGUAGAAAGUCAACAGCCUUCGGCGCCACGGAGUACGAUGGUGGGCAUUGCAGGCUUAGAGCGACGAGGACUGGAAACGCGCAUGAACAAUCAAUUAGUGAUCGGUAACGCGUUUGAAGACCUGGAGGCGUUGAUGGCUUCUGCAAAACAAAUCGUCGCUCUUGCCGAGACUCUGGCACGAGAAUCCGGAAUGAACAGUAAUGGAGGGACUUCUACAGAAACCAAUGCUGUUCUCUCCGAGUCCGUUGCAGCCUUAGGCAUGGUCACUACGAAAGACAUGCUAAGCUCUGGAUCCGAGAAUCUCUAUCUUUCAGAGCUGUCCCGAGACCUAGCGGAGUACCUGACCGAUGAUCGCAAAGGCAUCCUUCAGCGUGAGGGUGGCAUCAUGAGCCUGAUCGAUCUUUGGGCCGUGUUCAAUCGGUCCCGGAACGGAGUGGAGCUCAUUAGUCCCUCCGACUUUCAACGAGCGGCCGAAUUGUGGGAGAAGCUCAAGCUUCCCGUACGCCUGCGACGAUUUAAAAGCGGCCUCCUCGUGGUUCAGCGCUACGACUGGAGUGACGAGAAAACCAUCCGUCAAUUACAGGAUUGGCUGGAAGAAUUGCGCCGUUUACCGCCCGAUGAAUCUGUAUCCUGGGAUUGGUCGACGUUUGGUCGAGCUAUCACAGCGCAGGAGACAGCUCAACGAUUCAAAUGGAGCGUUGGUGUAGCCUCUGAAGAGCUCGAAAUGGCUGAGGAUCGUGGAAUUUUGUGUCGCGAAGAAGGCAUCGAGGGAUUACGGUUCUGGAGUAAUUAUCUGGUUUCAUAG